AUGAUCACGGUCUUCUUGCUGUCACAACUUCCAGCCAUCGGAGAACUCUUCUCUGGGCCCUAUGAUGGGAUAGUUGCCAGAUCGUCGCCAAAAUGCUGCUUUGGUCACUUUUGUGCGCCGUUUCGACCUCGGCUGUGCUGGCGAGUGAAAUUUUAUCCAACAUCGUUGUCCAUCAGAAUGGGAGGAAAAGUAGGAAAGGAAACAAACAGCGAUGACGGUAUGUCGGCUCACAAAACUAUCUACGAUUUCACCGUCAAGGAUGCUGAUGGUGAAGAUGUCUCUUUGAGCAAAUACAAAGGAAAUGUGGUCAUUGUGGUCAAUGUAGCAUCCCAAUGCGGCUUCACAAACAAUCACUACACAGAACUGAAACAGCUGCAAGACAAAUACUACGAUCAGGGCCUACGGAUUGCUGCGUUCCCUUGCAACCAAUUUGCCGGUCAGGAACCAUCAUGUGAAGCUGAUAUCAAAAAGUUUGUCAAGGAGACAUUCGAUUAUGAACCAGAUCUUUAUGCGAAGGUUAAUGUCAAUGGAGAUAAAGCUGACCCGUUUUGGACAUUUUUGAAGACAGAGCAAGGUGGCACGCUGAUCGAUGCCAUCAAAUGGAACUUCACCAAGUUCUUGAUCAACCGCAAAGGACAUGUAGUUAAGAGAUUUGCUCCCACCACCUCGCCUAUGGGAAUGACUGCAGACAUCGAGUCGCUGCUUGGAGAAUCUUCGUGAUUUGCUUUUUGUAUGCUGCUAUUCGUUGGAAUUGUUUUCGUAUACGUGGUCAUUGUUGGACUUUACAUAUUGUUAGAAUAUUGAAUUUUUG